UCAGAAGGGAGUAAAUUGACUCUCCUGUCUCUCUCUCUCUCUCUCUCUCUCUCUCUCUCUCUCUCUCUCUUGCGCGCGCGGGUAAUAACUCCGGAAAUCUAUUCCGGGAACCGAGUCAGUGACUUUUUCGUCCGUUGAAAGUCCAAAGGCAUCAUAAGUGGCAUCCAAGGAUUUGGACACAUCUCAGGCGACCCCGUUCGGGAUCACAGGAUGGAGGCAGAACAGUUCAAGGAAUUCGCCACCGAGAUGGCGGACUACAUAGCAAAUUACCUUGAAAAUAUUAGAGAGAGACAAGUAUUACCCAAGGUGAGUCCAGGGUACCUGCGCCCGCUGUUGCCUGACGAGGCCCCACAGAAACCGGAGAAAUGGCAGGACGUGAUGGCAGACGUCGAACGCAUCAUCAUGCCAGGGGUCACGCACUGGCAGUCGCCGCGGUUCCACGCAUACUUCCCCACGGCCAACUCGUACCCCGCCAUCGUUGCAGACAUGCUGUGCGGAGCCAUCGCAUGCAUCGGCUUCUCAUGGAUCUCUAGCCCCGCAUGCACGGAGCUGGAGGUCGUUAUGAUGGACUGGCUGGGGAAGAUGCUGGGCCUGCCGCUAGAGUUCCUCGCCUGCUCCGGAGGCAAGGCUGGAGGAGUCAUACAGGGAACUGCCAGUGAAGCAACUUUUGUGGCUCUCCUGGGAGCUAAGGCUCGAAAACUGCGGGAAGUGAAGGAGCAGCACCCCGACUGGAGUGACUACGAGAUUAUCUCAAAGUUCGUCGCCUACGCGUCCAAUCUAGCUCAUUCAUCUGUGGAGCGUGCAGGUCUCCUCGGUGGUGUGAAGUUCCAUUUAUUGGAGCCAGAUGACAAGCUUAGUCUACGGGGUGAGACACUUGAGCAAGCCAUUAAAGAAGAUACGGCAAAAGGGCUAAUACCCUUUUAUGCCGUAGCAACACUCGGGACAACAAGCUGCUGCUCAUAUGACAAUCUUGAAGAAACGGGUGCAGUUUGUAAUAAAGAAGGGAUCUGGCUGCAUGUGGAUGCAGCUUAUGCUGGAUCAGCAUUCAUCUGUCCAGAGACCAGACAUCAUAUGAAGGGAGUUGAACUUGCCGAUUCAUUCAAUUUUAACCCACAUAAAUGGAUGCUGGUGAAUUUUGACUGUUCAGCAAUGUGGCUGAAAGAUCCAGAUGCUGUUGUAAAUGCAUUCAAUGUGGACCCCUUAUACCUCAAACAUGAUCAGCAAGGAUCUGCCCCUGACUACAGACACUGGCAGAUUCCUCUUGGUCGCCGUUUCCGUUCCCUUAAACUGUGGUUUGUCAUGCGGCUUUAUGGAGUGCAAAAUCUUCAAGCAUAUAUUCGAAAACACAUAGCACAGGCACAUGAAUUUGAAGCACUUGUGCGUAAAGAUGAACGUUUUGAGAUAUUUCAUGAAGUCACAAUGGCUCUUGUUUGCUUUCGUCUUAAGGGAUCAAAUGAAAUUAAUGAAAAUUUAUUGAAAAGAAUAAAUGCUAAUGGAGUUAUCCACCUGGUUCCAUCAAAAGUGAGGGACACAUAUUUCCUCAGAUUGGCAAUUUGUUCUCGUUUCAGUGAGUCAAGUGAUAUUCAGCUAUCUUGGAAGGAGAUUAGCUCCUUAGCAGAUGAAGUACUAGCUGAAGCAAGGCCUGGAAAGUAAUUGUAUGAUACUGUUACACAAAGCAGUAAUAUUUCAUUCUUAAGAACUUACAUAAAGAUUAGGUGUAAAGUACAACUGGCAUCAUUGGAUAUGAUAGCACAAUCUUCUUAUAUGCAUGUUAAAACAGUUGGUGUAGGUCUACACUGAUAGUAACUUCUUGGCACAUUUUGUAUGGAUUUACAGACCUUAUGAGAUAGCAUGAAGUAAAUAACAUUAUAACCUAUCUUUUACAACUUAUUUUGUCAGGCUCUACAUCAGUAUUGUGGGUUAUAGUUAUUUAUUUUUGUGUGUGUGUGUGUGUGUGUGUGUGUGUGUGUGUGUGUGUGUGUGUGUGU